AGCUUCAGAUCAGACUGACUGAGUCCAGCUGCUGCUUGAAGCUGCUCACACUCCACACACUGAAGCUUCACUCAGAGUCUAAAUGGCUUCCAGAUCAGAGGAGGAUCUCUGCUGUCCGGUCUGUCAGGAGGUCUUCAGAGAUCCUGUUGUCCUGUCAUGUAGCCACAGCUUCUGUAAAGUCUGUGUGAAGAACUGGUGGAGACAGAAAUCAGCACAGGAGUGUCCUGUUUGUAAGAGAAGAUCCUCAAAGAUGGACCCACCCAACCUGGUUUUACAGGAGAAACAUCAGAGCUCUUCAGAGGCUCUCUGCAGUCUGCACUCUGAGAAACUCAGACUCUUCUGUCUGGACCAUCAGGAACCAGUUUGUCUCGUCUGCAGAGAUUCAGAAAAACACACCGACCACAGAUUCAGACCUGUGGAUGAAGCUGCUCAACAACACAGAGAGAAACUUCUGGAAGCUCUGGAACCAUUAAAGCAGAAACUGGAGCUCCAGAAGAAAGUUCAGUGUGAGUUUGAUCAGACAGCAGAACACAUGAAGGUCCAGGCCCGACACACAGAGGGGCUGAUUAAGGAGCAGUUUAAGAAGCUUCACCAGUUUCUAACAGAGGAAGAGGAGGCCAGGCUGGCUGCACUGAGGGAGGAAGAGGAGCAGAAGAGUGGCAUGAUGAAGGACAAGAUGGAGGCUCUGAGCAGAGAGAUAGCAGCUCUUUCAGACACAGUCAGAGCCACAGAGGAGGAGCUGAGAGCUGAAGACGUCUCKUUCCUGCACAACUACAAGGCUGCAGUGGAAAGAGUCCAGCGCUGRCCCCUGCUGGAUGAUCCACAGCUGCCCUCAGGAGCUCUGAUAGACCAGGCCAAACACCUGGGCAACCUGGCCUUCAACAUCUGGACCAACAUGAAGGACCUGGUCUCCUACAGCCCCAUCAUCCUGGACCCAAACACUGCU